AUGAGCGAGGAGGAAGCGGCUAACCCCGAUGGGGAGGCCGAGGCUCCCGAGGAUGCGGGUCCUCCCCCGUUCACCAUAAACGUGGCCAUCAAGGCGGUCUCCCCGCUCGUCGCCCCGUGGGUCAAGCCCGAGGGCGAGGAGGAGGCGGAACCCCCGCCCCCCGAGCCCGUCAAGGUGUCGUUCACCUUUCCCGGCGAGGAGGGGCCCGUGGAGACGGAGCCCGUCGAGCCCGGCGAAGAUGGCGCGUGCGUCUUCGAUUACGUCAAGGCGCUCGAGGGCCGGACGCCCGGCCCCGCGCUCGUAUCCGCGCUCAUGGCAACGCCCAUGGUCGUCACCGUUCACAGGGGCGAGGCCGCGAUCGGAACCGUCAGCGUCGACAUGCUCGCGUUCACGACCGGCGUCGAGUCGAUCGGCGGAUCGUACGCGCUGACGAAGAUUCCGUUCGAGGGGGACCUGCCCAAACCCGAGCCCGAGGCGCCCGCCGACGGCGACGAGGCCGCCGAGGCCGAGCCCGAAGCCGGCGGCGAGGGUGCCCCCGAGGAGGAGGAGGACGUUAGGCCCAAGAACCCCAUGAUCGACGGCGCAUCCGUCGAGCUCUCCGUCACGCCGACGUUCCCGCCCGACGAGGGCCCAACCCUGGUGUCCGAACACGACGCGCUCAACGGAGGAAUCCUGACCAUCACCGCCGUCGCCAUCGCGCCCGUACCCAAGACCCUCAUCGACGUCCAGGCCGCCAACGAUAACCACUGGGAGUUCGCGGUGGCGAUGCCUCUGGAGGGUUUGGACCCCGCGACGAUCCGGGGGGGCGAGGUGAUCGUCGAAAAGGAUGACGACGGCGAGAUCGUCGCUUCGCGGGUGGAGUUUGCGCCGGAGACGUCCACGGCGAGGACGUGGAUGCCCGCGGCGACGUUCGCGGCGUUCAGGGAUUCGAUCCGGGGUAAGGGCCCGGCGAAGGCGCGGAUGGAGGUGUGCAGGGUGUCCAAGUCGGGCGCGUUUGACGCGAUAGCCGAGUCGUACAGGGCGAUAGCCGACGCCACCUUCGACGGGUUGCUCAACCCGGGAGCCACGGAGAGCGCCGAGACCGCGCCGCUUCGCGCGCCGCCUUUCGGACAGUACGCGGCGUCGUGCGUCGCGAAGCUGUGCCCGAAGGAGAACCCCGGCGGCGGCGAGGGACCCGCCGAGGAAGCGGCGCCCGAGGGGCAGACGCACUGGGCGGCGACGCCGACGGAGUGCGGCGUCACCUUUCACGUGACCGUGUCCGCGCCCGUGCUUCCGCCGUGGCGCGCGCCGCUCCCGCCCAAGAUGGCCGUCGCGGAUCUGCUCCCGGGCAGGGACCCGCUCGGCCCGCACGAGGCUGACGUCCGCGCGACGGAGGCUUUCCGAGCGGAGGUUACCAAAUCCGCCGCGGUGCUGUCGAAGGAGUACGCCGCCAUGUUCACCGGAGAGCCCAAGGAUGCCGACGGCAAGGCGACGCGUCGCAAGUCCCUGGUGUUCGAGCUGAACCGCAGCGGUAAGUACCACGCGAUGAAGGAGCGGUUGAAGUCCGCGGCGAGCGCCAUCAUCGCCGAGCGAUUUUACAAGGGGGGCGAGGGCGUGCAGGGGAAGUACAACGAGCUCUACGUCCACCUGGUGCAGGAGAUGCACGCCGCCCUGAAGAAGCUCGGGUCGUCCGAGGAAGAACCGGAGGAUCCGAGGGACGGCGUGGACCACGCCAAGCUGGCGCGGUUCAAGGCGCUGGCUGACGAGUACGAGAUUGCGGGAGACCAAUCGAACGCGGACAAGUGGCACCGCGAAAGGCUCGUGCUCACGCGCCGACUCCCGGAGAUCUGGGCGGAAUACGGAGCGUUUUUGGCGCGGUGCGAGCGGUACGGCAAGUCCGAGGAGGCGUAUAAAGAGGCGCUCAUGCUCGACGAGGGACACGUGCCCUCGCUCAUCGCGCUCUGCGCGCUCAUGCUUCACGACGAGGAGUACGAACGCGCCGAGGUUUACGGCCAGGCGGUGACGUCGAGGGAAGAGGGCGACCCCGUCGCGUGGUCGCUCCUCGCCGCCACGUACAACGCCAUGGAGCGCGACGAGGACGCGACCAACUGCAACUACGAGGCGCGCCGCCUCGCCGCCGAGGUCAUGUCCCGCGUCACCGCCGGCUCGCCCGGCUCGCAGCCGGAGAAGCCACCGGAGGCUUUCGUCUCGACGUCGCUGCUACUCCUCGACAUGCACAUGCCCGCGGAGGCUUGCGCGAUCUUGGAGCAGUCGCGCACGCACGCCGCGUUCAUUCGAUCGAUCUGCCUGGCUCGCGCGGCGAUGCUCGAGGGCAUGCCGCAGAACGCGCACGCCUUCUUGAUGGACGCCCUGGCGGUUGACGCCACCGAUCCGAGGCCCUUCGAGCUCCUGGGCGACUUGCACACGAAGGAGGGUAACUUCGCGGAUGCCGUGGAGGCGUACACGCACGCGAUGGCGUGCACCGGCGAGGCGAACGGCCGUCCGCCCGCCUCCCUCAAGCUCAUCCUCAACCUCGGGAGGGCGUUGACGGAGAACGGCGAUCUCGCGGAUGCGAGGGCGACGUUUGAAGCCGGGUGCGAGAUGUGCCCGUGUGCGUCCACCUGGUUGGGCGCGGGGAUCGCGAUGCUCAGGCAAGGCGACCUGGAGUCCGCCGAGGCUGCGCUCGCCGAGGCGAACAUCCAGGACCACACCAACGCGCGCGUGUGGGGCUACCUGUGCCUCGUGGCGUUGCUCUCGGACAGGGCUCCGGAGGCUGAGCAGGCCAUCGGGUCCGCAUUUCGGUGCGGCUUGUCCAACGACGAGUGGCCCUUGCUCGGGGAGAUUGGGAAGCUUUUCCUGGAGCACGGGCGAUGGAAACACGCGGAGGGUGCGCUGCGGCGCAGCGUCAAGCACGGCGGCGGCGCGGACGUGCGUUACGCGCUCGGUCGCGCGCUUCACGAGCAGGGCGACGCCGCCGCCGCGAGGGAUCAGAUGCUCGCGGCUGUCGAGCAGGCGGAGGAGGCUGGGGACGCCGAGACGAAGCGGCUGCUGCUCGAGUCGCUCAGGGCGGUGCACUCGGAGCUCGGGGAGAACGAGGCGGCGGCGGCGGCGGUGGGGAAGCUCAAGGUCAUGGGCGUGCCCACGUCUCCCCCUCCGAAGAAGUGGAGGGACUGUUGA